CGACCGCUCAACUUUUUUUUCCCAGAACUCCGUCGUCGCCUCCCUCCCUUCGCAUUCCAUAACCUCUGGGAUAGACUCUUCGUCGUCAAUGUCCCAUUGAGGCGACCGGUUCCUGGCAUGCCCACCUCCACGCUGCGGCGCUCCACGCUCUGUCCUCGAUGCGCCUCUGCGGCGCUUCCGCGGCCUCCGCGCCUGCUUCCCCAUGUUCAGAAAGCGUAUCGGUCACUCCCGCAGUCUCCCGUAAAGGCAAAAAGAUUGAAUCUUGCAUCAUGCGGACACAAACACCCCCCAGAGAGAGAAGAUGACAGAGCGCAUCGGGGCCCGACAGACGUCAGGAGCUGGAAACCCACCUUGGGAAGAGGCGAUGAGCGGGGAUCCAUCAUCACGUUCAAUCCCUUGACAAGUUCCGGUUGGCAUAAGUCUGCGGUUUCCAAGGCCAUGGCAAAGGUCCACCGAGAGAUUGGCCGCCCCGAGUUCCUCGAGAGUCUCGAAUUGACGCCUGAAGCCUUCGACAAGGAAUGGGACAAGUUUCAAAAGUACAUGGAAGCGUGGCUUACACGCGAUACCCCCGAGGUGCGGUCGCUCCUUCACGAGCUACGAUGGGGAACCAGGGUCCUAGAGAGGCGGUUGUAUUACCUUUUCUACGCCCAAGUGUUUGGUGGGCAAUUCACACGCGCCGAAUUGGAAAACCAGAAAGAGGUGGCCGACCUGCGCUUCCCUUCCGAAUGGUACCCGGCUACGAGAGCCAUCAAGCGCAAAAUCCAUCUGCACGUUGGGCCCACGAAUUCCGGAAAGACGUAUCAUGCCUUGAAGCGAUUGGAGCAGGCAAAGACGGGCAUCUAUCUGGGGCCUCUGCGUCUACUUGCCCAUGAGGUAUACACGAGGAUGACCGCAAAAGGGAGGCCAUGUAUGUUGGUAACUGGCGAGGAACAGCGGCCGCCAGAGAACGGGGAGGAGGCCGAGAUGUGGAGUUGCACCGUGGAAAUGGCACCAUUGAAUCGGCCCCUGGAUGUCGCCGUCAUUGACGAGAUACAGAUGAUCAGCCAUGUGGAGCGAGGGUGGGCGUGGACCCAGGCAUUUCUUGGUCUACAAGCUAGCGAGAUUCACCUCUGCGGAGAGGCGCGAACCGUUCCCCUCAUCAAGUGGCUGUGCGGCUUGGUGGGUGAGGAGGUCGAGGUGCAUGAGUAUGAACGACUUACUCCACUGCGUUGCGCAGACCACAGCCUGAAAGGCAGUCUCGCCAAGAACCUUCAGAAAGGCGACUGUGUGGUGUCCUUCUCUGUGCUAGGCAUACAUGCCUUGCGAAAGACGAUUGAGAAGACCACUGGGCGAAAAUGCGCCAUUGUAUACGGCAGCCUGCCGCCGGAAACCAGGGCUCAACAGGCCCGGUUGUUCAACGACCCGAAUAACGACUACGAUUUCUUGGUUUCUAGCGAUGCCAUUGGAAUGGGGUUGAAUUUGAGUAUCAAACGUGUGAUCUUUGAGUCCACGAUGAAGAACAACGGCAACCGACUUGUACCUUUGACGGUCUCCGAGAUCAAGCAGAUUGCCGGUCGAGCGGGACGCUACAAGACGGCCCAUGACGCUGUCGCUGACGGCGAGCAGUCAUGUGCGGCUUCGAGCGCUGCCGCAGAUUCCAGCGGCGAGCUGGUGGCCGUGGAGAGCAACCAGAACAGCCGACGCUUCCGACCCGCAAGUGGGACUGUUGGCUAUGCUACCACGCUCGAAGCUUAUGAUUUCCGGUACCUGCACCGCUGCAUGAACAAGGAGCCCGAACCCAUCGAGACUGCAGGAAUUUUCCCACCUACCAUUGUGAUCGAGAGAUUCUCGAGUUAUUUCCCUCCAGGCACUCCGUUCAGCUACAUUCUACUCCGACUGCACGAGAUCUGCAAAUUGCAUCCCCGGUUCCACCUGUGCUCGCUGAAGGACCAGAUCAAGAUUGCGGACGCCAUCCACCCCGUCCAGAACCUCACAGUCCCAGACCGUGUGGUUUUGUGUGCGGCUCCGGCGAGUCUGAAGGAUAAGUUGGAAGAGAAUUUGGUUCUUGCUAUGGCCCGAUGCAUUGCGGACGGCGAGUCCGGGGAUCUGUUGGAUCUGCCUCUGCCGCUGGAAGUCCUGGACCAGCCACCUGCGCCUGGUCGGCAGUAUUUGUAUGAGCUGGAGCGGCUGCACAAGAUGAUUGUGCUGUACCUCUGGCUGAGUUACCGGUUUCCCCAUAUCUUCCAAACAAGGGCCUUGGCCAAUCAUACGAAGCAGCUGGUAGAAGACGCAAUAGAAAAGGCCUUGAGUGAAUUCUCCUUUACGGAUUGGAAGUUCAAGAAGCUGCAGCGGAAGAGGCAGAAGGCGAUGGAGGAGAUGGAAAGGCUGGCAAGAGAGGGUCGUGGAGGGACUGAUGAGGAAUUGCCCCCAUUCCCUGUCGACGCGGAUUUGGAGGGGGAGCUGCCACAGACGAUGGUAGACCUUCUCAAGGACAGAGCAGCGUUCGAGUCGGGCCCGGCCACGGACGAUGUGGAUGAAUACCCAACGCCAGAGAUUGAGGAGGACGGUUCAGAAGAUGAGACCACAGCGAGGGUAGAAGUGGCCAACAGUAACGAUGAACCAUCGAAGGCCUCGGAAGCCCACGGCGACCCGGCAGACGUGGAUGGGGAACCACACGAAGGACCCAAGCCAGAUCCAACCAAGACAUUUAAGGGAGCAUCACGGCCGCAGGACGUUAGUCGUGAACUCCACAUUUAGGGAUCUCAUUGUACAUGCUGUAUCGCACCCGGCCGGGAUAUCGUGCUGUUGCAUGUGGGAGCGGCGUUCGGAGCAACUGUGCAUGUCUGGCGCAUCUAUAGAGCGCUGGCAAAACAUCUAGAAUACUGUAUUACUACUGUAGAGCGGGACAAUGUACUAUAGGCAUCAUCUGCAGGAGAGACGAAAUACUCUCUUCACUUACGGCAUAUUUUGGUUGAGCUGGGAGCUAAUCCGGAAUGCAUUUGGGGAG